AUGGCCGACUCCAACAACAGCAGUGGUCGCAGGCCGACCUACCCUGCCGGAACGAUCGCCAAAGUGGCCACGGAUAUCCUGAACGAGACUUUCCAAAACAUCAUUCAUGACCUUGUCGCCAAAGCUCACCGUGAAGAGAAGGUGGCGCGCAUGCGGUCUGCGGUGGUAGUCGCACGACAGAAAGCGGAGGAAGAUGCAAUUAUGCCCGAGGAAGCGCCUAGCAAAACCUCAACUGAUACCAAGAGAGAGAUUGUCCUUGAUACCAAAAAGCUUGCGAGUAUGCGCGUGGAGACGGAUGCGGCCGUGUACGACCGCGGAAAGGUUUUCCUCAAGGGCAAUCCGCUACAAACCGUGAAAGAGCAUGUCUGUCCUGAUUGUCGUCUUCCGAAGCUCAUGUACCCAACUACCGGGGCUUGUUCUCGCCCCUCUCCCGAUCCCCGUGCCGAGUACUGUGCGAAUGUACCCAUGAUUAAUUUACCUGGCCAUGACGUCCACGGCAAGCUGUUUGCGAUAAUGCCGAACCCCAAGAAGAAGAAAGGUGACCGAGACAGCACCAUCCCUGAGAUCCCAACCACCAAAUGCCCAAUCUGCCCUCGUUACUUUGUCAUGACUCGUCUCGCCCAACACCUUGAGCGCUGUGUGGGCGGCGGCCGCAACGGCGGCCGCAACAAAACUCCUACGGACAGCGGCGCCAGCAAUGGCAACAGUCCCACUUCUUCAUCACACAAGCGCUCCUACGCAGACGAUGAUGAAGAGAGUCCCAGUCCCACCAAAAAGAAGAAGCUGAACGGGCCCAAGAAGGGCUCCAGCAACAAGCCCGGGCCCAGCAAGCUCAAGCAAUCCUUCACGGUGGAGGACAAUGACGACGACAUCAAGAGCGAGCACGCGGACUGA